AAUGGAAUUCUGAGAGGUCGCCUGCUGAUUGGCUGGGAGGCGUGCCUGGGGUCGCCGGCGUUGCCGUUCCGACAUCGCCAUGGGAGACGGGAACAUAAAUGAGCAAACAGCUGAGGUCUGGUGGGGGUGGUUGCGGCGGGGGGGUCACUUUUAAACUCUCCUAACAGGAAGGCCUUGUUCUCCUUCAUCACCUUGAGAAAAAUAAGCUCCUUCUAAUUGCCAGCACCGGUUCAAGCUACUGCAUCCGGGACGCAGGCCGGCAUGCCGAUCCAAGCUGCAGUGAAGCCGGCACGUCACUGAGAAAGCUGACGCCCCGCACCCGCAAUUUCGGCCACUGGGACCUUCGUUCAGCAAUGGCCGGGGUGUUUCUGGCUGGGGGGAUAACUCUAGCCCCUCUUCCUGGUCCCCCACCCCUCCUCUUUCUCCUCACCCACACACGUGCACCACCCAACCACGUGUCUUGAGGCUGAAAAUCAGGAGAUCAGUGACAUUUGGGUCAGAAACCCUCCAUCGUACUGUCCAUCUGUACGCCCCCUGCCCCCUCCCUCCCUCCCCUGCCCCCCCUUCCCUGAGAGCCUGUCCCAGUGUUGACAAACAGCGAGUUCGCCCCUUCUGGCUGGGACCCCCACGGACAGCGCCAUGGGGUCCUGAGGGGCUGAGAUGGACGGCAGGCGACGGCCGCGAUUCUCCCAGCAGCCCACACCCACACGGACUGGUUAACGUUGGCAUCACUGGCUUUGCUGGGGCAGCAGUAUGCAGGAAGCUGACUUUCCAGCCACAAAUGCUUUCACAGAGUGCAAAUUCCAGUGCACCAAUGGCAACUGCUUACGCCUUGGCUCCUUAAUCUGCAACCAGCUGAAUAAUUGUGGGGACAACAGCGACGAGGAGAACUGCCCGGUGGUCACCCAGCACCCCCCGCCCAGCAUCUUCAGCUCUGAACUGGAGUUUGUUCAGAUAAUUAUUAUAAUUGUGGUGAUGACCGUGAUGGUAGUCGUGAUCAUUUGUCUGCUGAACCACUACAAGCUCUCCACCUGGUCCUUCAUCAACCGGCAGAGUCAGGCCAGGAGGCAAGAGGACAGUCUGCAACCGGAUGGGUGUCUGUGGCCACCAGACAGCGGGUCGCGACAAGGGGCUGCAGAGGUGACGUAUGCCCCCCAGUCUCGAGAGAGGUUCACCACACCCUCGUUUAUGCAACGGGACAGAUUCAGCCGCUUCCAGCCCACUUACCCCUACCUGCAGCACGAGAUCGACCUGCCGCCCACCAUCUCGCUGUCGGACGGCGAGGAGCCCCCUCCCUACCAGGGCCCUUGCACGCUGCAGCUGCGUGACCCCGAGCAGCAGAUGGAGCUCAACAGGGAGUCGGUGCGCGCUCCGCCCAACCGGACCAUCUUUGACAGUGACCUGAUCGACGUGCACAGCGCUGGGGGCGGGCCACGCCCACCCAGCAGCAACUCUGGCAUCAGUGCCGCCCACUCCGGCAGCCACGGCAGGAUGGAGGGGCCCCCGCCCGCCUACAGCGAGGUCAUGGGCCACUACCCUGGCUAUUCCUUCUUUCUUCACCAGCACGGCAAUAACCCCCCCACGCAGGGGGCGGGACGCAGGACAACCCGGCAGGGUGACCCCGAAAGCACAACGGCUCCCGCCAAGGCCAAGGAUGGCCAGCGGGAAGACCUGGUGUGAGGUGGGCUGGGUGGAUGGGGAUACGCGAGUCCGGCCCCGCCCUUCACACAAAAAGGGGAGGUGGUCCCUUUCUCAGCACUCCCAUGCACAACUGAACACCAACCUUCGUUACAAAGACAACAGACAAGAAGUAAAGGAACCAAGAUUACAGUUUUUUUCAGAUUUUUUUUUUUCCUACAUUUUUUUUAAACAUUGCUAAAACUGUGGGGGGGGCGCACACCGUGUGGAGUGUUCAGAUUCAUAGCUACUGUUGUUGGUUUUUUUUUUUUUUUAUUCAUUUCUUCAUGUGAGUAUAAAAAUUAUUAGCACAGAUUCUAAACAGUCCCCCCCAGGACUUGUUUUAAUUUUUCUUUUGUGUUUUUUUUUUUUUUUUUUUCUUCUUAAGACCGGGAUCUGUGCACAAACAAGAUGAACCAGUGGAAAUCCAAAUCUGAGUGCCAAGAUUCAAGUGGAAGUUUUCAAAAAAAAAAAUCAAUGAGGAGAGAACUUGCUUAAUGCUCUAAAGAAAUGUUUAACUAAAAGUUGCACUAUCUUAUCGUUUAAAGAAAAGAGGGAAUUGCUGUAUGUAUUUUACUGUGUGUGUGUGUGUAUGUGUGUGUGUGUAUUUGUCCUUUCAUUUGUGGAUUGGAAUUUUGGCUCCAAAGAUUUGCAGUGGGAGCAAUAGGGGUUUAUCCUCUUUCUUUUGUAGAGAAAACGCAAGAGACUCGGAUCCAGCCUAAAAUCCUCAUGACUCAAAUUGUUAGUACAGGGACAUUUAGAUUUUUUAUUUUUUUUUUACUUUCACAUUCUCAGAGAGACAGUAUGAAAUCUCUGCCCUCAUUCUGCUGGAUAAAAGGCCUAAAGAAUAAUUGUGCUGAAUGGGGUUUAGCAGAGGUGUUGCUUGUUGUCUAGGUUACUGUUUCCCAACCUGGUCCUCUGGGACCCCCAGACAGUCCAUGUUUUUGCUCCCUCCCAGCUCCCAUGCAAAAAUGUGGACUGUCUGGGGGUCCCUGAAUGCUGGGUUGGGACAUACCGGUCUAGGACGUCCAUGUCCUACCGUAGAUGACUGAGGGCCAUCCGAUAUGAACGUACCAGUUGCCAUUGCAUACAUUAAAAACAAAAAAAAAACUAAAAAAACAAAAACAUGUCCAUGAUGUUCAAACCCUCCCUCCAUUUCUGUCCGCCCUCCACCAGUAUUCUUGAGGCAGCCUCUCCUCGGGUCAUUUUCACGGUUCCAAUACCUGCACCUCACAGCCCCUCGCGCUCCCCACACAUGCUCGGCUCAUCCUGUCCACCCAACAUGUGCUUGUCACAUGGGCGGCUCGAGGAACUCCAGGGAAACGCUCUUUCGCACUCGGUUCAUGCCGCGUCUCCAGAGGAGUCCCUGGUUGGUGUAAUCAGGUUUUGGACUGUGGUCAAAGACAAGGGCUAUGUGACGGUGGUGUCUGUGACCUUCUGACCUAGCCUUUCUUCACGCGUCGUUGCCUUCUCCUCUGCUAUUGCUAUAUUACUGACAGUAUUAGAGCCAACCCCAGCUUCUUAUGAUGUUUACCACCUACGUAACCCAGCACAGUAGAUGUUUGAUUAAAUGUCUUGGUGAACACGGCAGUGCUUCUCGAUCCCUUUAAAAGGGCGCCAGGAGGCCUCAUAUCGGGGCCCCUCAUGCCUUCGCAUGGUAGCCUUUGUGGGCCCCGGUACCUUGAGUGUUGGUGACUGUUCGGCUUGCUUUGGUCAUAGCUUGGUGUCCCAGAAGGGGGGACGUGCUUGACGUAGCCCACAGCCCUUCUAAUUGAACUGUACGUUUUACUUUCUUUCGAACUCUUGUGCUUAUUUGAUUCAUCGCUUUUAAUACAUCGUGAUUAUCUGGCUUCAGAGCGGUCACGGAGGUCAUUUGAGGGAGCUUUCCAGUGGAAUGUUGGUGCGGUUCAGUCAUACGGAUAACAGGAAACGGCUACUGUGGGCAGUUUGGCCACACUGAUUGGCCGUUAACAUGCUGACUAUCCAGUGUAUCGGCGUUUGGCUGUAAUGCGACAGGAUUCCCCUGGAUCCGAUACAUUUUUUUUCCCUGAAGGGAUCCCCCUUCCUCCUCCUGUGUGCUUGAAUGGGAAAAGAUAGGAAAAUCAAUAGCAAACUUCCCCAGCCUAGACUUUAUUUAUAUAACUUUAGAGACUAUUUGGGAAGCAAUGAAGAUAAACUGUGUUCUUGGGUUAUUUUUUAAUUUCCUUUUAUUUGACUUUUUGUAACAACUUGGAUUCUAGAAGUGUAGAUGAAAGCCUUUCGUUGCUAUUGUGACGUACUUACUCCCUGCGUUUCGAUUGGCUCCGGAGAGCAGUCCGUUCUCUUAUUUCUAUAUUGCUGCUGCUGCUACUGCUGCUGCUACCGCCGCUGCUGCUGCUGCCACCGCCGACGUCAGUCAUUUUCCGUGUCACUUUUCCCUAUAUGGAUUGUUUGCGUGAUACUCGUUUUUAAAUGUCUGAAGCCGUUUUCGUUCCUCUUUUGUUUGUUAUAUUUUAACGUCUGUUUGUUUCUCUACGUUUGCUUGUUUCUGUCUGCUCUCGUAGCUAAACGAGGAGGAAAAGAAAUGCUCAUUUACUGUUUUCUAUGAGGAGGUUUGGAUGUUACUAUUAUGUGAGUAAAAAGGUGCCUAAUGUUCUCGUUUGAGCAGAUAUAGGAACCCAGUUGCACUCAAGCCCCGACCUUCGUUGUGCCUCACUUCCAACGGUGCUUUUUUCAGUAGUCUGUCUCUUUUAUGUUUAUUUGUAAGGUGCUGUAUAUAACUUGAAUAUAUUAUGCACAUAUCCUACCCAAUGGGUAGAAACAACAUAAAACGGACAUUGUGAAUAAUGUAAUAUAAUGUACAGAUGAUAUAAAAUUUUAACAUGGUGGCAUCCAGUUUCCGAAUGCCUUCAAAA